UACAUCGCCUUUCGAGAUAUCAUGGCCAUGUUGUUGCUCGGCUUUGGCUACCUGAUGACGUUUCUGAAAAACUACGGCAUUGGCGCGGUUGGAUUCACCAUGAUGUUGAGUAUCCUUGCGAUGGAGGCCAACAUUCCAAUGGAGCUGAUAAUGCGCACUCUUAAAGGCGAUGACGGUGAGGAUACAUCGUGGCCUAUGCCAUUGUCCAUGGAGACACUGAUUGAUGCCGAGUUCAGCGCGGCUACUCUUAUGAUCUCUUUCGGGGCGCUUAUUGGAACGGCCACGCCCCUGCAGAUGAUGCUCAUCGCCCUAUCGCAAUCCUUCUUUUAUGCACUCAAUAAGGUGUUUUUCGUAUUUGGAAUGGUCGGAGCCGAAGACGUGGGUGGAUCCAUGACGAUUCACUGCUUUGGCGCGUACUUCGGUCUAGCCGCUAGUCUGGCCAUGGGCAGAGGACGAUCUGACGGUAAAGACAGAAUCAAAGAAGAACUAGGUACACCCGAACCGGAUAAGGUUUCGGAUCUGAUGGCCUUGAUAGGUACGACAAUUUUGUGGGUGUUCUGGCCCUCAUUCGUGGGUGCAACUGAAACUGCCACCCCCGAAUACGAAAUGCGCUGUGUCGUCCACACUAUUACGGCCCUCCUGGCCUCUACGACCGUGACGUUUUAUCUCUCCCACCGUCUCUGUCACGGAAAGUUCGAUCCAGUCCACGUGGCCAAUUCGACUCUGGCCGGCGGCGUUGCGAUUGGCAGCGCGGCUCGUCUAGACCUUGGUGGACCCGGCGGGGCCAUUAUUGUGGGAAUGUGCGCGGGUGCCGUCAGCGUUUACGGUUACGUCUACAGUUCCCCAUACUUGGAAAGCUCUUGGCACAUUUCCGAUACCUGCGGGGUGGGCAAUCUGCACGGGUACCCCUCCGUGGUAGGGGCGCUUCUGAGCAUUGUCUUUGUCGCG